GAUGAGUCGGGCCCUCGCCUUGUGCCUGCUGACCGCAGCCUGCAGCGUGGCGCCCACACUGGGGCUCGGCAGCCGCGUGCUGGGGGGCGAGCCGGUGGACAUCUCGCAGGUCCCCUGGCAGGUGUCCGUUGAGUACGUGGAGGCGCACUACUGCGGCGGCUCCAUCGUCAGCCCCAGAUACGUCAUGACGACUGCGUGGUGCAUUUCGGGCGCCGAACCGAUCUAUUACGUGCUGCGGGUCGGUACGUCAACGCGCGAGAGUGGUGGCGCCACGUACACCGCUUCCGAUAUGUUUUGGCACGAGGAUUUUGACUAUGUUACGACAGACAGAGACAUUGGUUUCUUCGUGAUCUCAGGUUCCAUCUCGUUUGAUGACAACGUUCAGGCCAUUCCUCUGGCGACUGAGGAGCUCGAGGCAGGCACUUCCGUGACGGUGAGUGGCUGGGGAAGCCUUCAACCUGGGGCAGACUACCCGGAGCAGCUGCACGCCGUCAACACGACUAUCAUCGACCGCAACUCGUGCAACGACACCUACGAAGGCCUCAUUACGGAGAACAUGAUCUGCGCUGGAGAGCCCGAAGGUGGCAAGGACUCUUGCAACGGUGACAAAGGUGGUCCUCUGGUUGCUAACUCCACGCAGUACGGUAUCAUUUCGUGGGGGUACGGUUGUUUUUACCCACCAUAUCCAGGUGUCUACACCAACAUCGUUUCCCUGCGCUCUUGGAUUAAUGAAACAAUCGGCGUCUAAUUAACUUUAUUAUUUCUGUAUUCAAAAAGUUGCCUCAUGUAUGCACACACAUUUACAGACAUACACAUCUAUAUAAGACGAAGAUUAGGUUUGGCCAUGCAUCUUCAUCUAUGUCCAAACCUGUUUCUUCUUCUAUAAUAUUAUUCUGCUUGUGAGUACUCAUCAGGAGAUAAAAUAAUCAUUGGGUUUUUCCAAGAAGGCAGUCACAGUGCAAUAUGCUUGCGGUAGACUUAGAGCAGAUUGUGAGUAGGUUGCCUCAAUAACGAGAAGGAGAAGUAGAUCAGAAUUGAAUAUAUUAGCAGUAAACUAGUGAAAUAUAAGUCUAAUUUAAAAACCACGUUUCUUAAUUUCAUCUAGAAAUGAGUGUAAGGAUGGCAAUUUUUGAUGACUGGAAGUUUCGGUAAUAUCUACGGUUCAGGAAAGGCAUGGAAGUCAUUUAGUGUUGUACCCUUGUCAACACCACGAACAAAAUAUAAAUCGAAACAGUAACUCAGUUUCAUGAAGCACCUCUUGUAAGACCAGACACCUUCAGGAAGGACAUACCUCGAUAUAAAGCAACCUCUUUCAUUAUACCAAUAUGUCUAAAUGGAGAUAACUCAGCAAACAAACCCCUUUAUUGUCUGUAACAUAGGUUAUUAACAUAUGUACAAAUUUAUACUUAGAGUACAAAUAUAGGUUACAAGUUCUGCGUUUAAACUAAUAUAUAGAUGUCAUUAAAUUCUUAUUUCGAAUGUAACAGUCAACAAAACGGUGCUUGAAUUGUAGAAUUUGCUGUGCAAUACUAAAGAAUAACUGUUCCGACUUAGAAAGUGAAUCAUGUCUUUAAAAAGGUAUGUAUUAAAGAGUAA